AUGAGCAACAAUGACACUACAAAGAAGCAAAUGGAGAGCAGCAAAAGACCAAUAGAAGAUGAAAAGCCAACAAAGGCAGAUGAAGCCGAGGAUCAAGUUGUGAUGCCAAACAAGGACACUGAGAAACUCAAAGAGAAGAACAACCAGCCACACAGUUCAAAAGAAGUGAUUCAGGGAAAGCAGCAAGUGGGAAAGAGCAUCACACCUCCACUGCCAUAUCCCCAGAGGUUCAGCAAAGAAACUAAGGACCAACAUUUUCAUAAGUUCCUUGAGACUUUCAAGAAGCUGGAGAUCAAUAUUCCCUUGGCUGAAGCACUUGAACAAAUGCCUCUGUAUGCCAAGUUUUUGAAAGAGCUUAUCAACAAAAAGAGGAGUUGGCUUGAGAAGGAAACUGUGUUACUCACCGAGGAAUGCAGUGCUGUGAUUCAAAGAGGCAUUCCACCAAAACUCAAGGAUCCAGGAAGCUUUGUAGUCUCAUGCACUAUUGGCAGAAUGGUUCUCAACAAAGCUCCCUGUGACCUUGGUGCCAGUAUCAACCUAAUGCCUCUCUCAUUGAUAAGAAAGCUUGCCAUAGAAGAGCUUAAACCCACCAGGAUGUCAUUAGUCAUGGCUGACAGAUCAAUCAAAACACCCAAUGGAAUUGUGGAAAACCUGUUGGUGAAGGUUGGGGAGUUUAUUUUCCCAGCAGAUUUUGUGAUUUUGGAUACUGAAGAGGAAGGAAACAAUUCAAUCAUUUUAGGAAGGCCAUUUUUAGCCACAGCAAGAGCCAUCAUUGAUGUAUAA